AUGCGUGUCACUACCAUCCUGGCUGCUCUUCCCUUGGCCCUGGCUGGCCCCAUCCUCGAAACGAGCGGCGAGCCCGCACCUCUCUACCUCCACGAGGCCGAGAGGCGCUCCGAGCUUGCGCCGCUGUACCUUCACGAGCUGGAGAAGCGCGAUGAACCCGCGCCCCUCAUCCUGCACGAGCCCGAGGGCGAUCUCGUGGCCCGCGGCGGCAGCAGCCGGUUCAUCAUCAAGUUCAAGGGCGACCGAGAGUUCUCCGCGGUCGAGGCGGCACUCCGGGACGUGGACGACGAGAACGUCGCGCAUACCUUCAACAGCGACUUUCUAGGCUUCACGGCGCAGCUGGACCGCUCCACCGUCGAGGGUUUCCGCAUGGUCCCCGGCGUCGAGUACAUCGAGCAGGACAUGGCCGGCACCCUCAGCGGGUUCCGCACCCAGUCUGACGCCCCGUGGGGCCUCGGCCGCAUCUCCCACCGCCAGGCCGGCUCCAGCGACUACAUCUACGACGAGUCGGCCGGCAAGGGCGUCUGCGUCUAUGUGACGGACAGUGGUAUUGAUGACAGCCACCCUGAGUUUGAGGGCCGCGCCAAGCAGAUCAAGAGCUUCGUCUCCGGCUCCAGCGUCGACGACAACGGCCACGGAACCCACUGCGCGGGCACCAUUGGCUCGGCCACGUACGGCGUCGCCAAGAAGGCGACCCUCCUCGGCGUCAAGGUCAUCGACAGCAACGGAGACUUUUGGUACUCGGAUCUGAUCGCUGCUUACGACUUCAUCCAGAAGGACGCGCGGUCGCGCAGCAGCAGCUGCCCUGGCGGCUUUGUCGUUAGCGGCUCGCUCGGCGGCAACUUCUCGCAGUCGAUGAACGACGCGGCCAACGCCAUGGUCGACGCGGGCUUCUUCAUGGCCAUUGCCGCGGGCAACAACAACAAGAACGCCCGCGACUUCUCGCCUGCGUCGGCGUCCAAGGUGUGCGCCGUCGGCGGCACGCAGUCGGACGACCGCCGCUACGCCAGCUCAAACUGGGGACCCGUCGUCAAAAUCAACGGCCCGGCCGUGAACGUCCUCUCCACCGUCCCGGGCGGCGAGACCGCGUUCUACACGGGAACGUCCAUGGCCACCCCGCACAUCGCCGGCCUCGCCGCUUACCUCGCGGCCAAGAACGGCGUCAAGGCCUCGCCGGCACUCUGCAAGACAAUCGUCGACAUGGCCACCAAGAACGCCGUCACAAACCAGGUCAGCAACACGGUCACCAACAUUGCUUACAACGGCAGCGGCCAGUAA